AUGGCUUCUCGUGGUCAAGGAAACGAACAACAGGGGGAUAGAUCUGCUGCGGCCGAAAACCCUGACGAGUCAGGCGGACAUGCCGUGACCCUUACAUCUACCUUAGUCGAUAUCAAUGCCCUAUUUUCGGCUUGGACACGUCUCCAAAAUAUUAACCACAACGUGGAAGUGUCUCAAAAGGAGUCACGCGAAAUGGAAAGGUUUCUCUGGACAGGCGUCGACAAUUUGUGGCAUCAACUUGGUUCUUCGGAACGGAAAUGCCAGGAUUACUAUCGUGCCUACACCGCCGCCGAAAAAGAUCGGGCCGCCAUAACCAACGAAAUACAGACACUCACCGAACAGACCCAGUCUUUGCGAGAAGACUUGAGAGAUGAGAGAAAACUGACGAAUCUCGCAAACGUUAAGGCCAACGAACUGACUGCCAUCUCCACCCACCUAUCGGAGAGAAAUAUUCUUUUGGAACAAGAGCUUCAAGAGUGCCACCAAAAGAUUCGAAUAUUGGAAGACACAGCCCUGAAAAUGCAAGCCAUGGAAAGGACGGACUUGUCUCCGAAGAAGAUCACAUAUGGUCCUCUCGACAAUAAUCAGGACCGGUCAUCCGAGGCGCGGCUUUUGAAACUCGAGGCUGAAAUGGGAAAAAUGGAGGCUGAACACAAUAGCGUGGUGCGAGGAUAUAAAAAGUCAUUAGCUGACCUCACCGAACAGCUUUCAAUGGCGGAGAAGAAAUUACUUAUUUCUGAGAGGAAAGGAAACAUAGUGGAUGUGGGAGUCGAGUCGGUCAGACCCUCUGCUGUCGAAAGUUCUCCAUUUUCAUCUAGUUGUCGAGAAACUAGAUCGAAGACAAAGAAGGCAAGCAAAAAAGGAAAGAAGUUGACUAUUACAACGCAGAGCUAA